AUGACUAGCAGAUCAUUCGUUCUAGCUCAUACAUUCAAGGAUGUAUCAAAACUCGAAGAAGUAGGCAGUUACUAUAGUGAUAUUGAAGUACGGCAUGAUAUUCCUUGGAAUAUCCGUAUCUUUAAGAAAGAAGGGUUUCUUGGUGUAAACCUGCACUGUGAAAAGGAGGAAUGCUUUGAAGCGAAAAAAUGGUCGUGUCAAACGAAAUUCACAAUGAAACUAGUAGCUAUCGGUGGGAAAUUCUUCCGACGGACUGUACAACAUGAAUUCCAAAAGCCGGAAGGACAUGGAAUGGAUAAAUUCAUUAGUUGGGAGAAAGUGCUGGAGGAUUAUGUGGAUAAUGAUAGUAUUAUAAUUGAAAUCCAUGCUAAUAUUGUUAGAAGUACAGGUUUCUUUGAAGUCAAAUAUCUUCCAGUUUCUGAGCACGACUCUGAUAAUUCAUUUGUGCUGAAGCAUACUUUCAAGAACAUUUCGAGAUUUGUAGAGCUUGAAAAAGAUUUUAGUGAUUUAGAAGAGCAUUUCAAUAUUCCAUGGAGAAUGCAAAUACAAAAGUCUAACGAGUUUCUGGGAAUCUAUUUGCACUGCGAAAAAGAAAUCUGUGAAGGGAGAAAUUGGGCAAUUGAAUGUGAAUUCGAAUUCAGAUUGAUUUCUGCAAGCGGAAAACUUCAUUCAACAGAGCACAAGUCUAUCUUUGGAGCUACGCCGGCUUGGGGAAGAGAUACAUUUAUUAGUUGGAAUGGUAUGGAGAAAGAUUAUAUAAACAAUGACAGUAUCGAUGUGGAAAUUUGUGUGAAAAUAAUCAAUAACACAGAUGCCCCACACAAUAUUGCAAACGCGGAAAGAACAUUUUUUCUAUCCCAUAGUGUCAAGAACAUGUCACGUAUUGAAGAAGGAGAGGAGUACUAUACGGGCAUUCAAACUCGUUUUAACAUUCCAUGGAAAUUGAAAAUUAAGAAGCAAUCAGGGUUCUUUGGACUAUUUCUUCAUUGUUUCAAACAGCUAGACGAAUUCAGAAAAUGGUCAAUUGAAACUGAAUAUCAAUUGAAAGUAGUGUCAUCCAAUGGGAGAAGUGUAUCAUUUAGUUUUUCAUAUCUGUUUGAUAAACCAUUCGGCUACGGAUGGCUUAAGCUCUUGAGAUGGGACAAUUUGGAAGAAAAAUACAUAGUGAACGACACUUUAGUUAUUGAAGCUCACGUGAAGAUUCUAAAUAUGACUGGAAUUGAGGAUGAAACCGCUAUUGUGAAAUCUUCUGGAAUAGUAAUUCCAGUGGGAAAUCAGGAAUAUUCCCUGGAGAAGUGGCUUGAAAUGGCCUUUGAUCACUGA